AUGUCAACCUCCACUUCAUCCCUCCUCCCUCCCAUGGCCAUGGGGAUAAUCUGGUACUACCUAUCAUCGAAGGGAUCAACCACUCAGACGAUAUGGCUAUCCCUCAAUGUGCUAGAUACGUUCCGAGCACUGCGGAGCAUACGGCCUAAUGGACGGAGGAUAGGUACAAAUACGAGGAAGAAAGCGAUGAGGGAGAGUCUGAUCUGCUGGACUAUAUACGUUGUCGCUCAAACUUUGGGACCUGCUAUAUCGACCUUGUUAAGUUGGAUACCGUUUUAUGCGCCUGUCAAAGCUGUUAUAUGUGUUGCGUUCUUAUUUAUGAGAUUAUCAGUAUCUUCUCAUAUCUUCUACCAGAUCCUCACUCCCGCUGUUCGACCAUACGAAACGCCUGUGGACCUCUCAGUACUUCUCAUCCAGUCAAUUGGUAUCCUUCUGUUUCACUAUAUUCUUCAGAUCCCGUUCUCACUCAUCAUUUCGACGCUUAAACUCUCCAAAACAUCCUUGAAAUCUUCAUUCAAUAUCAUUGCCAACCUCAUCAGAUCCCAUUCAACCAUUCAUGACUCAUCUGAAGCUGUGGAGCAAACACAUCAGCAUAGAGACACACCGACAGUAGACGAAGAUCACAUUCGAGCUUCCUUCCUGUCCCCUCCACCUCAGAUUCCGGGAUCCAUUUUACUUCGUCAUCCCUCUCCUCGACCGAUUACACCUAGAAGAUCGAUAUCCUUCAUCGACCCUCCCGCCACACCUAAAAUCUUACCUCCUUCACCACCUUCUUCACCUGAGUAUGUAGAGAUAGCAAGUGCCGGUCCGAGUACUCCUCUCAAAGCCAUUACAGCAAAGACACAGAACAAUCUUCUUGACGUAGAUGAAGUGAGGGAAAUCAGGAGAUCACCUAGAAGGUCUAAAGUGCGAACUGAGAAGGAGAUGAAGUUGAUCGAUGUUGAUACUAUAGGAGAAAUCGAGCGAGAAAGGAAGAAAACUGGUGGACCUCGAGCGAGACACAUGCUAAGUGGUUCAGAGGGAGUAGUCAAUCCUGAUAAUUUGGUGUCGGGCAGUAAGAAAGGGAAAGGUAAAGCUAUACCUACAUUGAUCAUCCCUGAUGAGGACGAAAACGAUAACGAUGAAAUGGAGAUGAUAGUUGCAGUCACUACCAAACCUAGUGUUGAGAAAGGGAAACGGAUGGGGAAAGCUUCUUCGUUUAGCUCAGUAAAGGCUACUCAGCCUGAUAGGGCCACUGCCAAUUUGACUAAAUCAUCAGUAGUUCGAAUACCUCGAUCACGGUCGACUUCUACUACCGGCACUAUCACUAACACUUCAAGCAGACUUGCCCAAUCGAAAAGUACCUCUCGCCAAACGCAAAUUGCCCCCAUGCCUGAACGAUCGGCUACUUCAUCCGUUACUUCUGCAACGAAACAGAAAACACCACGUAAGACCAGGAUCCUCAAGCCUAGCGAAGGAGGCGUAGCGCACGACAAACCUCUUUCCACCGCUGCGUCUCGCGCUAAAGCUAGAACUACCGCGAAGGCGAAAGCGGAAGGGCAAGGGCAGCUUGUUUCUGAAAUUGCCGAAGAGGGGAGGAAGGUGGGUGAGAAAAGGAGAAGUGUACAAAGCGAGGUGAAAGUAAGUAGGAAGAGGGUUAAGAAGGAAUGA